AUGGCCCCGCCCAGGUGCGCGGCCUCGGUGCGGCGGCAGCAGCGGAAGGCGCUGACGGCCACGCGCAGCCCCCCGGCAGCGGGGGAGGGGUCCCGGGGGUCCCGGGGGUCCCGGGGCGGGGCCACGUGCCCCACCCCCACCCCCCCCAUUCCCCACCCCCUGACCCGUUUCUGCCGCCCCCAGACCCACCCGGGCACGGAGGUGACGGUUCUGGACCUGUUUGACCGGGGGGCUUCUCUGCGGCCGCUCUGGCUCCAGGUCGAGGGGUUCCGGCGAGCGCUGGCCCCGAUCAUGGCCAACGCGGCCCACGGGGUUCAUCUGCUGGGCUACAGCCAGGGGGGUCUCAUCUGCCGGGCCCUGCUGGCCACGACCCCCGACCACAACGUGCGCAGCUUCAUCUCCCUGGCGGCGCCGCAGAUGGGGCAGUACGGGGACACCGAUUACCUGAAGUGGCUUUUCCCCCGGCACAUGAAAUCCAACCUUUACCGGCUCUGCUACACCCCCCUGGGCCAGGGCGUGUCCAUCUGCAACUACUGGAACGACCCCCACCACCGGGACCUUUACCUGAACAACAGCGAUUUCCUGGCGCUGCUCAACGACGAGCGCCUGCACCCCAACGCCUCUGAGUGGAAGCGGAACCUGCUGCGGAUCCAGCGCCUGGUGCUGAUCGGGGGCCCCGACGACGGCGUCAUCACCCCCUGGCAGUCCAGCCUUUUCGGGUUCUACGACGCCAACGAGACCGUGAGGGACAUGGAGGCGCAGGCGGUUUUCCUGCAGGACACCUUCGGCCUCAAGACGCUCUGGGGCCGGGGGGCCCUGGGGGGCUGCGCCGUGCCCGGGGUGCCCCACACGGCCUGGCACAGCCACAGGGGGGUCUACGAGCGCUGCAUCCGGCCCUGGCUCACCUGACGGGAUCCAUAGGGGAUCUAUAGGGGAUCUGUGGGGCUGGGAGGGGUUUAUAUGGGAUCUAUGGGGUCUAUAUGGGAUCUAUGGGGUCUAUAUGGGAUCUAUGGGGCGCUGGCACAGCCACAGGGGGGUCUACGAGCGCUGCAUCCGGCCCUGGCUCACCUGACGGGAUCUAUAGGGGAUCUAUAGGGGAUCUAUGGGGAUCUAUAGGGGUUUAUAUGGGAUCUAUAGGGGUCUAUAUGGGAUCUAUGGGGCGCUGGCACAGCCACAGGGGGGUCUACGAGCGCUGCAUCCGGCCCUGGCUCACCUGACGGGAUCCAUAGGGGAUCUAUAGGGGAUCUGGGGUGUUUAUAUGGGAUCUAUGGGGAUCUAUAGGGGUUUAUAUGGGAUCUAUGGGGCACUGGCACAGCCACAGGGGGGUCUACGAGCGCUGCAUCCGGCCCUGGCUCACCUGACGGGAUCCAUAGGGGAUCUAUAGGGGAUCUAUGGGGCUGGGAGGGGUUUAUAUGGGAUCUAUGGGGCUCUAUAGGGGUUUAUAUGGGAUCUAUGGGGCU